AUGGCUCUCCAUUGUUUCAAGACUGCGUUGCUUGAUCCUCAGGCUAAUGGAGACUUCGAGGACCUUAAUGGGUAUUUGGAGAAAUGCAAGAAGCUUGAGUUCCAAUCAAGAACUGGAGCGUUUGAUCUCUCUGAUUGGAUCCUAGGUGAUUUUCGUGGUGAUUCACCGGAACUUGCUGAGUACAUUGGUGCACUGCAAAUCGAGAGAUCUGAGAUCAGCGGACGUGGAUUAUUUGCAACGAAGAACAUCGAUGCUGGGACUUUGAUUUUGGUCACUAAGGCAAUUGCCACACAGAGGAGCAUCUUGCCGGCUAAAGAUUCAGGCGAAAAUGCUCAAAUGAUAAUGUGGAGAAGCUUAAUUGAUGAAGUUGUAGAUUCCACCACGAAAUGCCAAAAAACUCGGGAAUUAAUCAGUAUAUUAUCCACUGGUGAAGAUGAGGAUGCGCUUCCGGUUCCAGACAUUAGUCUGUUCAGGCCUGAGUCCGAGAUGAGAAGCAGCUCGUAUGAAAAACUGGAUACUAACAGGAUUUUAAGCAUUCUGGAUGUGAAUUCUUUGGUUGAAGAAGCAGUUUCAGCAAAGGUAAUGGGGAAGAACAGUGAGUAUUAUGGUGUUGGGUUGUGGGUGUUAACAUCCUUCAUCAACCAUUCAUGCCAUCCUAAUUCGAGGCGCUUGCACGUAAAUGACCAUGUAAUACUCCAUGCGUCAAGGGACAUCAAGGCAGGUGAGGAAAUCACGUUGGCUUAUUUUGAUGUGCUUUCGCAACUGGGCAAGCGCAAGGAAAUGUCCAAGAAAUGGGGCUUCGUUUGUAAAUGCAAGAGAUGCAAGGUGGAAGAAGGAGCUUACUGUGAGCAAGAAAUGAGAGAGAUUGAGGUAAGUCUAGAACGAGGAGUGGAUGUGGGUGGAGCAAUUUUCAGGUUAGAGGAAGGAAUGAGAAAGAGGGUGGUGAGAGGAAAAGAGAGAGGUUACUUGAGAGCAUCAUUUUGGGGUACAUACUCUGAGGUUUACAGUACUGAAAGACUGAUGAGGAGGUGGGGCAGGAGAAUUCCUGCAAUAGAAAGUGUGGUGGAUAGUGUUGUAGAUGCUGUGGGCAGUGAUGAGAGGAUACUGAAGAUUGUGAUGGAGGGUUUGAAGAAAAAUGGUGGUGUUGGCAGCGGCAGCAGCAGCAGCUUUUUGGACAUGGAGAGAGCAAUGAAAUUAGGAAGAGGAGUUUAUGGGAAGAUUGCCAAAAAGAAAGCAAUGAGGUAUCUUCUUGGGUUUGACUGACUUUCAUGAAGAAAGGUAUUAAACUGAUAGUUAUUCAAACUUCAACUUUGUGUUUGUGUGUGUGUGUUCUAUUUGGAAAAUGGUAAUUAACCGAGCAAUCAACAGGUUUAGAUAGAAUCUUGGCUCAAAUUCACUAGUUGCCGCCUUAUAAUUGUAGGAAAUCCAGGAAGUAACAAGAAAUAGAGUUACUUUACCGAA